GGCGUGCGGGCGGGCGGGCGGCGAUGGGCCGGCGGAGAGCGGCGGGGCCCGGGGCCCUGGGUCGGGCCCUCGUCCGCCAGAAGGCCGCGCGGAGCCGGGACUGCCGUCGCGGCGACUCCUGGUUGCACACGAGUGAGCUCAACGACGGUUACGAUUGGGGUCGUCUUAAUCUUCAGUCAGUGACUGAACAGAGCUCCCUCGAUGACUUCCUCGCCACUGCAGAACUUGCUGGAACAGAAUUUGUAGCUGAGAAGCUAAAUAUCAAGUUUGUGCAUCCUGAGGCUAGAACUGGACUGCUGUCUUUUGAGGAGAGCCAGAGAAUUAAAAAACUCCACGAAGAAAACAAACAGUUCUUGAGUAUACCACGGAGACCAAAGUGGGACAAAAACACUAGUCCAGAAGAACUCCAACAGGCAGAGAAAGAUAACUUUCUAGAAUGGAGACGUCAACUUGUCCGGUUAGAAGAGGAACAAAAGUUGCUACUAACUCCAUUUGAAAGGAAUCUGGACUUCUGGCGCCAGCUCUGGAGGGUGAUAGAGAGAAGUGAUAUUGUGGUCCAGAUAGUAGAUGCUCGAAACCCACUCCUAUUUAGAUGUGAGGAUCUGGAAUGUUACGUGAAAGAAGUAGAUGAUAGUAAGGAAAACGUCAUUUUGAUAAAUAAGGCAGACUUGUUGACUGUUGAGCAGCGGAGUGCCUGGGCCACAUAUUUUGAAAAAGAAGAUGUGAAGAUUAUCUUCUGGUCGGCUUUGGCUGCAGCUAUUCAACCAACUGGGGACUCUGAGGUGAACAGGAGUGCUGGAGAAGCCAACACAGCCGAGUCUGAGAAGUCCGGUUGUGAAGAGGCUGCAGUUCCAUGCAGUGAGCCUAGACAUCUCCCAGACAGGGCUUCCCUCUCACUUAGUGAUGUUACCACUAGUGAUGAAGAUGCCAGUGAGUAUGAGGACUGUCAGGAGGAGGAGGAGGAGGUUUGGCAGACAUGUUCGGAAGAGGACGGCAACCCCAAUGAAGAGGCCUAUGGCCGGGACUGGCAGGGAAGCUGCACUGCGGAUUCUGAGGCUCAGGGGAGGAACACCCUGCGGAAGAGGCACACACACAAUUUUAGCCAUCUGGUAUCAAGGCAGGAAUUGUUGGAAAUCUUUAAGCAGCUACACACUGGGAAGAAGAUGAAAGAUGGACAACUUACGGUUGGACUGGUGGGCUACCCAAAUGUUGGUAAGAGUUCCACAAUCAACACCAUUAUGGGUGACAAGAAAGUGUCUGUGUCUGCCACACCCGGCCACACCAAGCAUUUCCAGACUCUCUAUGUGGAGCCUGGCCUCUGCUUAUGUGACUGCCCAGGCCUGGUGAUGCCAUCCUUUGUCUCCACCAAGGCAGAGAUGAUCUGCAAUGGAAUCCUCCCAAUCGACCAAAUGAGAGACCACGUCCCCCCUGUGUCACUAAUUUGCCAGAAUAUUCCGAGACAUGUCUUAGAAGCUACCUAUGGCAUUAAUAUUAUAAAGCCUAGAGAGGAUGAAGAUCCCCAUCGACCUCCAACAUCAGAAGAACUACUGACAGCUUAUGGAUACAUGCGAGGAUUCAUGACCGCCCAUGGGCAGCCAGACCAGUCUCGGUCCGCUCGCUAUAUCCUGAAGGACUUCGUCAGUGGUAAACUUCUAUACUGUCAUCCUCCUCCUGGAAGAGACCCUGUGACCUUCCAGCAUCAACACCAUCGACUCCUACAGAACAAAACAAAUGGUGGUGAACUAAAAAUACAUCCAGGCGAAAAUAAAAAAGCAAAACAGAUUGAAAAUAUUGUUGAUAAAACUUUUUUCCAUCAAGAAAAUGUGAGAGCUCUGACAAAAAGCGUCCAGGCUGUGAUGGGCUACAAGCCUGGGAGUGGCCUGGUGACUGCGGCUACUAUGAGCUCUGAGAGCAGGGCUGGGAAGGCCUGGAAAAAACAUGGCAACAGAAAUAAAAAAGAGAAAAAUCGUAGACUCUACAAGCACCUGGACACGUGAGCUUGGGCUGCAGCAGAAAUGGCAUCUGCGUGGUGCAUCUGGAAUAGAACAGGAGCUGCUCUGGCCUGUGAUGCCGUGGAAUGGACCCUGCUCUUGUGGCACGCAGCCACACCAAACAGUAUCAAGGUAGAGGGGCCCCUUGGAGCACCAACGCUGUCCGUCAUCUCGGAGCCCCAGAAACCUCGUCCUAUAGAAGGCUGGGCUCAAGAUGAGGGCGCAAAUGAUUGGAUAUGUGUGUGAGCAGAUACACAGAUGCAUACUCAUUUGUAAGUUGAGGUUUUUUUGAAAAGAUCUUAAAAUUAAAUUGCCACUAACAUGUUUUA